GAAAAAUUGCUGCGUUUCAAACUUUGAAGAUUUUCAUUUUUGCGGACUAAAUUUUUUUCUUACUGUUUUGGGCGUCACUUCGCUGUCCAAUCUCGUACCUUUCCUAUGCUCUUUCUCUCUCUGAUUCUGAAAGCGUAGAGUGGAUUUUCGUUAGCAUCAAAACCCCACAUUCAAUCAACUGUUUGUACUACAAAUUUUGUUCUUAGGGUUAAUUUUUUUUUCUCGAUUACUUCGCUUUUGCUCUCGCCUCGAGCCGUGAUCUUUGUUCAAAAGCAAAAAACUCUUUCCGAAAUCCAUUUCAUCUUUCCACCUUUCACUCUGUUGUUUUGUAUGUGAUAAAAAACUUACUGUUUAUUUUUUUUUUUUUUGUUAGAUUUAGUUCUUGAUUUUCCCUCCCUCUUUUGCGUCGGGGAGAAUUUUACUUUGAAGGAAAAGAAAAAAAGGGUACAAUCCUUUUCAGGCUGCUUACUUCAUAGGUUUUGCUGUUCAUUCUGUUUCAGGCUCUGUUCUUUGCGUCUCAACUUUUUCUUCUGAAAAUAUGGGCUUUCCUCCCGGAAAAACAAUGGUGUUUGGUUAGAUAAUGUCAGAAGCAUCCGGGUUUUGCUCAAGGAGUAGAGUUUUUCAUGGUUCAAUUUGAAUUUAUGUUGCUUGUUCUUUGAGGACUUUCAUCGAACACCUUGUGGGUAAGUUCGAACUCUUUAGUUUUUUAGUUUUCUUUCUGUUUCUUCCACUUGGAAAACAUGGGUUGUAUCCAUACAAAGUGUUGCUGUCGCUACCCAAAAUCGUUGGUCGGAGAAUCCCAAGACUUCAGGGAAGGAAUUCCUUACUGUCUGCAAGAUAAAAACACUCUGAUAGAGAGAUCAUUGGAGUUUGUUCCUGUUUCUUCCCACAACUAUCAUUUGGAAUACUUGGUACUGGCUCAGCGUGGUUUCUACCCAGAAUCUCCUGAUAAAGAAAACCAAGACAGUUUCUGCAUUAGAAGAAAUAUACAAGGUAACCCAAAUGCCCAUUUCUUUGGUGUUUUUGAUGGGCAUGGCCAGUUUGGGAUGCAGUGUUCAAAUUUUGUUAAGGAUAGGCUAAUAGAAAAGCUGUGCAAUGAUCCCACAUUGUUAGAUGAUCCUGUACAAGCUUACAAUUCAGCAUUUUUAUCCACAAAUGAGGAGUUGCAUACAAGUGAGAUUGAUGAUUCCAUGAGUGGAACAACAGCAAUUACAGUCCUUGUUGUUGGGGAUACCCUCUAUGUGGCCAAUGUGGGUGAUUCAAGGGCUGUAAUUGCAGUUAAAGAAGGGAAUUGUGUCCUUGGCAAGGACUUGUCAACUGAUCAAACUCCAUUUAGAAAGGAUGAGUAUGAGAGAGUGAAGCUUUGUGGGGCUAGAGUUCUGAGUGUUGAUCAAGUGGAAGGACUUUUGGAUCCUGAUAUUCAGUGCUGGGGUGAUGAAGAAAGUCAGGGUGGCGACCCGCCUCGACUCUGGGUUCAAAAUGGGUUGUAUCCCGGGACUGCAUUUACCAGGAGCAUAGGUGAUAGUACUGCAGAGAAGAUCGGUGUAAACGCUGUUCCCGAGGUCUUAGUUCUUCAGCUUAACCCCAAUCAUCUUUUCUUUGUCGUCGCUAGCGAUGGAGUUUUCGAGUUCCUUUCCAGUCAAACUGUUGUUGAUAUGGCAUCAAGUUAUGCAGAUCCUCAAGAUGCAUGUACUGCUAUCGCUGCCGAGUCAUACAAACUGUGGAUGGAACAUGAAAAUCGAACCGAUGACAUAACGAUGAUUAUUGUUCAUAUCAAAGGCCUGUCUAAUUCAGGCACCAUCGCCAUAGCUGGAUCAAGCCAGAUCAGCACCAGGCCUGUAGGAUCAGGAGGAGGAAUUGUCAAGAAUUCCUCGAGCACUCAAUUGGAGAGCACCUUUUCUUUAAGACGGUUUUUCAGAUCCACUAAACUCUCAGCAUGUCGUUUCAACAAAUCGAAGCCCCGCAAUCGUGGUUCCAGCUCUGAAUAGUGAAAGACCUUGAUAAUGGCAGGGCUCUUCAGCUCUAUCUCAUUUUACUGCUAAAGUAAUUCUUCAAAGUUCUUGUUCUUUCAUGGAGAAAAGCCUGUUUAUUCAGACUCUAGUGUUGCUGUAACAUCCAACCCUAGCAGAAGAGACUUGCAGUAGAUCCUGAAAGGAGAAACAAAUACUCAACUUCCAGCUUAGCAUGGACCAACCAAGUUGAUAGAGAUAGACAAAGAGAGAAGGGGUCGGUAUAAGACAUUGAAAAAUGGAUGGAUGUUCUGUGUCUGGAAGGCUUGCAAAUGCAAAUCCAUGUUUGUAGUGUGUGGUGAUGGAGAUUGAAAGUGAAAAUCUGCUGUUCCAUUAAAAGGACAAGAAGAAGGAGGAAUUUAAUGAGGUGGGUUAACUUCAAAGCUUAAUUAUAAACAAGUUUCAGACCCCACUCUUGUUACCUUGUCUCUUCAAUUCUGGCUGGCAUCGUAGAUGUUUGUAUACAGAGAAAAUACCCUUCUUUUUCCUGUUGCUUAAGGUAGAUCUAUGGCUAUUGAAGUGUCAUGUCAGUGGUUUGGUUGUUGUGAAAUUAACUUAUUGCUGAUUAUCAUCAAAUAUUGGUCAAAGAGACCCUGAAAAUCAUUUAUAAUUUCUAUCCA